UGUAAAGGGGUUCCCCGUUAAUACCUACCCCCCAUUUCUCUUUCCCUCGCUGCUCCCCUGCUUCACAACAACACUGUAUAGCGCACAGCGAGCACACAAGGGUCACAUUCUGUUUCCGAUGAGUGGACAUUGACGGCCGAGCCACUGGAUUUACCACCUAUAUUCGCAGAGGAAAUACCAUUCAUGUCAAUGCUUCAAGAUGCAGCCGCCGCCGAGGAAGGUCAAAGUGACACAGGAGCUGAAAAACACACACACAGACCAGAUGACCCGGCUACACUUUAAAAAUCAGACUGAAUGUGACCUGCUGGAGGAUAUGAGGAGCUACAGUCUGAAGAAGGGACAGCUGGAGAGGGACUAUGCACAGGCUCUACAGAAGUUAGCGAGUCAGUAUUUAAAGCGGGAUUGGCCUGGAAUCAACCCCGAUGACCAGAGGACAGACUACAGGAAUGUGUACGCGGUGUGGAGGUCUUACUUGGAAGGCACAGUGCAGGUGAGCCAGUCCCGGCUCAACGUAUGUGACAACUACAAGAGUCAGGUAUCGGAACCUGCUAAGACAGUCAGACUCUACAAGGAGCAGCAGCUGAAGAAGACUUUGGAUCAGCUGAGCGGCAUUCAAGCAGAGCUGCAGGAGUCUGUGAAGGAGUUAGCCAAAGCCAAGAAAAAGUACUAUGAUUGUGAGCAGGUGGCCCACGCAGUACGAGAAAAAGCUGAUAUAGAGGCCAAGUCAAAACUUGGGAUUUUUCAGUCAAGAAUUAGUCUACAGAAAGCAAGUGUAAAGCUAAAAGCUAAAAGAAACGACUGUAACUCUAAAGCUACACAGGCCCGAAAUGACUACUUGCUCACUUUAGCUGCUGCCAACGCUCAUCAAGACCGCUACUACCACACAGAUCUGCUGCACUGCAUACAGGACUUGGACGGCAGCAUCUUUGAGCAUGUGAAGGACUACCUGAUUUCACUCUGUCGUACAGAGCUGGAAGCCUCUCAAGCAACUCACAACACUUUCCAGUUCUUGUUGGACAAAUCCACAAGGAUAAUUCAAGAAUUCAACCAACAGUUGUUCAUGCAGGAGAACCCAGUGUUUCACAAAGCACAAGACUUCCAAUUUCAGCCGAGCGAAUGUGACAUGACCCUGAGCUCGGUGCAGCAGUUGGUGGACAUUGAGCCGUCGCCAGUCAGUGCCAUGAGAAUGACCUUGGCAGAGAGUCGACAACUCGAGUCCGAAUCAGGGACAACAGAGGAGCAUAGUUUGAACAAGGAGGCACGCAAGUGGGCGACUCGAGUGGCAAGAGAACACAAGAACAUCAUCCAUUACAAGAGGUCGCUAGAGGAGUGUGAAACCCUGGGUUUGCCGCCAACUGAGCAGGGAAGAGCAGACUUGGAGAUCAAGAUAGAAGACACCAAAGAGAACAUACGCAAAGCGGAGACAAUAAAGUUGAAAGCUGAAGCUCGACUGGACCUCUUAAGGCAAGUUGGGGUUGCCGUGGAUACCUGGCUGAAGAGCGCAAUGAACCAGGUAAUGGAGGAGCUAGAGAAUGAACGUUGGGCCAGCUACACUUCCCACGACCCCUCACUGUCGGGCACUGUGGACUUGGAGCGAGAGGAAGGUGAGGAGUGUGAGGAGAACAUGGAGGUCUUUGACGACAGCAGCUCGAGUCCUUCGGGAACCCUGCGCAACUACCCGCUGACCUGCAAGGUCCUCUACUCAUACAAGGCCUCCCAGCCGGAUGAGUUAACCAUUGAUGAGCAGGAAAUGUUGGAGGUUAUCGAGGAUGGAGACAUGGAGGACUGGGUCAAGGCUCGCAAUAAGACCGGGAAAGUGGGUUACGUUCCGGAGAAAUAUCUCCAGUUCCCCACCUCCAACAGUCUCCUCAGCAUGCUCCAGUCUCUGGCCACGCUGGACGCUCGAUCGCACACGUCGUCUAAUUCUACUGAGCCAGAGCUGCACUCCUGCUGUGUCAACGGAGAAACCAACAUGGCGUAUGUGCGCGCUCUUUACGAUUACGAAGGCCAAGCGGACGAGGAGCUCUCCUUCUCAGAGGGUGCUGUGAUUCGACUUCUGAACCGCGACACCCAGACGGAUGACGGCUUCUGGGAAGGGGAGCUUAAUGGACGCGUGGGCGUCUUUCCAUCAGUGUUGGUGGAAGACUUGACAGAAAACGGAGAGGUCAGCGGUGGAGGCACGGGUGACGCACAGCAGAUAUCUUCAUCUGUGAAGCUGCCUUCGUCUCUUCCACCUCUUCCGCUCUACGACAAACCUCCCAUCAGCCCUUUCACCAGCCCCGAAACUUCCACUCCGUCAACACUUCCCCGAUCGCCUUCCGUCGCCCUGAACGGAGAGCACAAGCCUCCGCUGCCUUCUUCUCACAAGGGACCGCUGUCCUCUCACAAUCAAACGACUGGAAGGAGUCCCGUCUCUCCAGGAUUUUCCCAGCCACUGCGCUUCACCCCUGAAGGUGGCGGCCCGAGCAAACUGCGCCCUGUACGCGCCGCUCCCCCUCCUCCCAAACAGCACCCCCGCCGACAGCAGGAGAAGGGCGAUAAAACCGAGGAGGUGGAGAUCACGCUGGUGUGACAGGCAAGCACAUCGCCAAAUAACGACACAAUCGGAAGAGGAACGUUGUGCCGCAAACUAACUCCAUCACCUCAUGGCGAGUCGAGGUCCAGGACUAGCAGAAGUAGCGCCUCCAUUGAAAUAGCCUGCCUGUGAGCUUCCUCACAGAGUUCAGCAGGCUGCGCCCCUCUCCCCUCUUCACCUUCUCUUUUUCUAUUCUCGCCUUAAAAUCUCAUCGGGCAGCAACCCACAGCACACAGAAGAGGAGGAGGGAUGUCUGGGAACAGAAAGGGGGUGAGGGACACUAAAUAUAGGGCACUCAGUUUCUACUGUUUGUGCUUGUUAAGCCCACUUUUGUGCAGUAAAACACUUUGAACAUGUUCAACUCUGUUGUCGUGACCAGAAAGCAAAUAAAUAUUCUUCAUUUAUUUGUAUUCUUGCACCUAAAUGUGUCACUAUUUGAGGUUGCAUAGGUGAAGUCUUGUUGUGGGAAUUGGGAAAAUACUUCACUACGUUUACGAGUUUUCCUCACACUUGUCUAAAGUGAGCUUAACAAGACCAAAUCGGAGUUGCCUCGUCAAACAGGGUUUUGCAAAGGAUAAAGACUGAGUGGUGUGUCUGACCCAUCCUCAGUCCUCCCCCUCUCCAUAUAUACUCCUUAUCAUUCUACUUAUUCAAUGUGUAAUAGUACAGUACAUUACUGUUGUCAUAGGAAUGUUAUACAAAGUGUUCAUAUAUUCCGCCGAAUGAUAUGUAGUGAAAGUCCUUGUCUUAUUGGGAAAGGGCGUUGUGUACAUAUAUAUAGUGUGUGGGAGGGGAUAGAAAGGGUGGAGGACGGAGAUGGAGUGAGAGAAAGGCGAGGCUGGAUCCUCCCCUUCUGCUCUCAUUUCCUCUUUCCCUCUCUCUAUUCGUACCCUCCCUGUUUUUCUCUGACAGGACUGAGUCGUAUACAGUCGCGUGAUACUACACCAGUCGUCGAAGUGCUUUGUAAGCCUCUGAGAACUGUUCUUUUUUUAAAUGUUGUGAUGAUGACCGUUUUUAUUUGGAAUUAUUCGGGCACCGAAAAGGUUUUAUAAGCCUAAACAAAUCAGCACCCGCGUGCGUUUUUCCCCUCAUCAACCCCUGUUUGCCGUCACAGACUUUUCCUUACAUUUAAGUACUGCAUUUUCUCCAAGCUCCGCUUGCCUUCUUAUUCCUUGGCCAACAGGCAGAGUAGCACUUUUGUUUCUCCACAGUAGCAGCUCUUGCACCAGACCGACGCGAGACUAAUCCAAUCUGCUGCGUUAUUGUUUUUAAGACGUGUGUUCUGUUUCCAUCUCUUCUGAAGAGAUGCUGUAAUCCGACGUACAAAUCAAAAUGAUUUUAUAUGAUAUAUUCAAACAAAAGAGAGAGAGAGAGAGAGAGGCAAUGUGUGAUUACUGUUUUCUGAAGCUGAAUUACAAUCAGAUUUUUAAUUCGCUUAGCAGUUCUGCGCCACUUUCACACUCCGUAAUUAUUCUGGCAGUUUUCAAGAGCAAACUUUGAGUCGUUUCACUCGUUCAAGAGUGGUUACUGGAUAUAAACUUUUUCUUUUGUCGGGCCGAGAACAAAGUGGUAUUGAGAAACAUGCUUAUAUUUAAUGUGUCUGUAUAUCAGUACAAAGCUAGAGAAGUGUUUUCAGAUAUUUGUCAUCGGAGGGAACUUUAGUAAGUAAACCAUUUGUUGGGUUCAAACUAAAUUGUAUUAAAUGUUAAUAAAUUCAUCUGACUUUUUUUGUGAAUGUGGAAUAUGCAUAUCAACCAGACUUCAAACCUGUAAACCAGUUUCUCCUGAUAUAUCAAUAUCUGUUUUUUUAUUUUUUAUCUUUUUUAAUAUUCUCAUUUUUUACAUCCUUCAGUACGGAGCAGCAGCUGUCAUGGUGACAAAUACUGAUAAAAGGUGCAAAUGUCCUGCGUAUUAUUACUGGCUGUACAAAAACAAAGUUUGUAUUUAUUGUGUACAAAUGUUAAUUAAUAAAAAA